UUAUUUUUUACAGUUGAAGCCCAAAGACAAAUACACAAUACAAAAAUGUAUACAACAUAUACGACACCCGACCGUCAUGGUUACAGUGUAAAGUUUUCAACAUUUGAAACAGAUCGCCUACUGCUGGCCACAAGUCAAUUAUAUGGCCUGGCCGGUGGUGGUUCUCUCUUUCUUUUACAGGACAACCAGGGAAUUGGUGAAAUUGCCCGUCUCGAGUGGUCUGAUGGUCUAUUUGAUGUUUCAUGGUGUCCAUAUAGCAACAGUGUGGCUGUCACUUCCUCCGGCGAUGGUUCGCUCCAAAUAUGGUCUGGCCUCGAUGCCUUGGACUUGGAGACGGCCGCGAAAAUUCCCCCCAAACCGGUAAUGUGUUUGCGUGAGCACAAAAAUGAGGUAUACAGCGUUGAUUGGAGUGAAAAAUGGAACUAUCAUCAGAUACUAUCGGCCAGUUGGGAUGGCUCCAUAAAAUUAUGGGAUUGUAAUCGUCAAAAAUCGGUGGCCACCUACAGUGGCCACACGGAUUUGAUAUACAGUGCAAAAUUUUCACCAUUCAUAGCAAAUAUAUUUGCUAGCGUAGGUACGGAUGGUAUAUUAAAUUUAUGGAAUUCUUUUGAUUUUUCAGGUAAGCCAUUGAUGUCGGUCCCGGAGGCUCAUGGCAGUGAGAUUUUGUCCAUGGAUUGGAGUAAAUUGGAUCGUAAUGUGCUGGUGACGGGUGGAGCAGAUGGUCUGGUCCGAGCAUGGGAUUUGAGAAAUAUGCGGGAACAUGUUUUUGAAUUAUUCUCGGGAGAAUUUGCCGUAAGGCGAUUGGCCUUUUCGCCGCACAAGGCAACGGUGUUGGCCUCGGCGAAUUAUGAUUUUACCACAAGAAUUUGGGACUUUGGUGUGUCGGCAGAUGCCGUUGAAAUCCAUGAACAUCACACCGAAUUCGUGUGUGGUCUCGACUGGAAUGUAAAUAAACCACAUCAACUUGCCGACUGUGGGUGGGACAGCGUAAUCAACAUUUUCACGCCAAAGACACUUAAAAUGUAAGACAACAGGCCAGUCAGUCAACCAGCUAAGAGGCGAUGGUAACCCCAGCAAAAACUGAAGAUAGGGAAUAAAAAAGAAAAAAGCCUGCACCAGAAAUGCCUUAAUGGAUAAAGCUUAAACGGGAACACAAGAUGUUUGUGGCCAGACAACAAUCCGGAAUGGAGAUAGAGAACUAAGAAAUGUGAUAAAGCAGCGAAGAUGGAACCCAACAGAAGAAAAAACACACCAUCCACAGCGUAUCGGAUACGAUUACGAUUUAGGUGGCAUAGUAUGUCACUGAAAUAAUGAUAAUGGAUAUAGCAAAGCUAAAUAUCGAACAAGCCGUUAAAUGUGAUAGUAACAUUUCAAAUUGAAAAAUUAUUCAAUAUUUUUCAGAUAAAAUUUCGAAAAAAAAUGA